AUGCAGCCGGCCAGGACGAGAGCAGAGGCCCUCACCCAGAAGGAAAAGCUUGCUAGCUCCUACAAUGAAUUACUUCAGGAAUUCUCAGCAACAGACCUCCGGAAUGUAGGGAAUUACGCUCUCGGAAGGCUGGUGGGAAAGGGAUCCUUUGGCAAGGUCUACCUCGCAACGCACAAGCUCACCAACAAUUCCAAGGUUGUUCUCAAAUCGUCGAAUAAACAAGACUCCAACCUUGCGCGUGAGAUUCACCAUCAUCGACAAUUUUUGCACCCUCAUAUUGCCCGGUUGUACGAGGUCAUCGUUACGGAGAAUUUGGUUUGGUUGGUCUUGGAAUACUGUCCAGGCGACGAAUUGUACAAUUACCUCUUGAACAAUGGUCCUUUGCCGGUCGAAAAGGUUCAGCGGAUCUUCGCGCAGCUUGUUGGUGCUGUUUCCUACGUACAUAGCAAGUCGUGUGUUCACCGGGAUUUGAAGUUGGAAAAUAUUCUGUUGGAUAAGAACGAGAACGUCAAACUAUGCGAUUUUGGGUUUACUCGCGAGUACGAAGGCAAGACGAGCCAUCUACAAACCUUCUGCGGAACAAUAUGCUACAGUGCUCCGGAAAUGCUCAAGGGGGAGAAAUACGCCGGUGAAAAGGUUGACGUGUGGAGCUUAGGAAUUAUCCUAUAUGCCCUGCUAGCUGGAGAACUGCCGUAUGACGACGAUGACGACCAGGAAACCAAAGCCAGAAUCCUCAAGGAGGACCCAAAAUAUGACGACAAAUUUUCAGAGGAGGCCCGGUCGCUUGUUAGUAAACUACUUUCUAAGCGGCCACUGUUACGCCCAACAUUGGCCGAUAUUCUGGCGCACCCCUUUCUAGGAGAACAUGGAGCCGAGCAACAGGCCAUUCUGGAACGGUCACGGCCGUCACCUUUUACAACUGCACUUGAGAAGACAACAUUGUUGCGGAUGAAGGGCGCUGGUGUGAAUAUCGACCAAGUCAUUGAAAACGUCCUGGCGCAAAGAUGCGACGCUCUAGCUGGAUGGUGGGCACUGCUGAUUGAAAAAGAGGAGCGCAAGGAAAAGAGGCGCGAGCGGAAACGAAGAGAAAAGGAAGUUGAAGCCCGCAGUAUCCGACGAUUGAGUGCCGCCAGCAGCCGCUUGGAACGGAUUUCUGCUGCUUUGGUUGAAGUUGAUGAGGAGGGUACGGCGAUAGACACUCUUCAAGCUCGCGGUAGGAGAGAUCGUCGCAGUUUGCCCAACCCCGAGUUUUCAAUCCCCGAGGUUCCCAAGGUGCCUGAAGAAUUCACUGGCAGUGUGCCUUUGGAUAGCACGCUGCCUCCAAGACCCAUUGACAAGGAUUCCGUACGUUCCUUGAGCUCGACACGACGACGUCCAGUACCGCCGCCUAAAGAAAAUCGCCGCUCGAGACCUAGCAUGCUCCACGUUAGUGCUUCUCAGCCAGAGCUAGCGUCGCAUUCAAGUGGUCUCUUCAGACGCCGCACAGGUCGGCGUAACCACCACUCAUUCAUCAGUCAACUGGCUUCACUCAAGCAUUGGAUUGUUGAAUCUGCAAAACGCGCCAAGUCGCCUCAUCCGAGAACACCAAAAAGCGGCAACGGACAGACUCUCAAGUUCCGAGUAGACAAGUCUAGCCCCGGAAAGAGCCAGGAUUCGAACAAGACACCCGGUGGAGGAUCUUCGGCCAACACAAAUGCUUCCGUUGUUACCCCGACGCAGGUAAAGCGGUCCUCGAAUGCCAGUAGCCUGGCCCCUAACAGCGUCUCCUAUGCCAACCAUCGGAACUCAUAUGGUCGCCAGCCUCGAACAAACCGCAAUUCCCUGUCACCCACUCCUAUCACCCCGCGAGGCUCCUCCUAUCGGCGCUCUUCAGUUGGUCUGCGCGGGCGCAAAUCGACCUCUUCUUCAAUUUCCUCUGUCCGGAGUAUCCAUCACGCCCACACGCAUUCAAAGGCCUCGUCUAUCUCGUCUAACAGCAUCGAUACCCUGUCAACACCGACAGCGUCGAACAGGGUAAGCCGGUCACCUCAUACCUCUGUCAAGGUGCUUCCUGCAACUCCAAUCGCUGCUGCUCGUUUUCCCAACAAUAUUCGACUAGUCCGGAAUUCGGCCCAUGGGUUGCGGGACGUGAACGAGCCCGAAAACCACGGCAUAUACUCUGUGUUCAACGAGACGGCUCCAGGUCCGAUGAUGUCGUCUCCUUCUGGGUUUGUAUUUGCUCGGCGGAAGCGAACUCCUUUCAAAGGGCCAAUGGUCCACACCGGUAAUACUGUCGUGUCUAACGGCUUUGCUACACCUAAUCUAUCUCCACCACUUCUCAAGGGCGCUGGAGCACAAGAUAUUGCAAAACCUGCAACCCGCAAAAGUCAGAUCAUCGAAGAAGGCGAUGAAAUAGACGAGGAAGACAUCGAGGAAGUUGAUACAUUCAGCAAUCCGGACAUUACAGACGAGAAAAAUGAGCCUUGUAUAGAGCCAAUCGAGGAAAAGCUGCACGUUGAAACUGCUUUUGCAGAAAAAGCGGAAGCAUCCGGUUCGUCUAAACCGGUUCUUCAGCCAGCGCCCGAUCUGCCAUCUCCAGGUGUUCACCCGCCUCGUUCGUCGUCGCUUAACACGCCGGAUCUGCAAGAAGUGGGAGAAGAAGAAGAAGAAGAAGAGAAUUCUAGAGACGACUUGACGGCCAUCCUUCCAUCUGCUGCUCAUGUUGACAAAGAGUUGACCAACGCUAGCACCACUACUACCACCAUCACCGAAGAAGAAGAUCAUACCUUACAGCCCAACCCAAAAGACUCUGCACUUGAUACCACGACCGCACAAUAG